AUGUAUUUAUUCGUAGUACUCGGUUUGUUCAUAUUGCAAAAAGCAGCGGCUAUUAUUGUACCGGUAGAGCAGGGACUAUUGGAAGGAGAACAAAAAUGGACAAUCACGGGAAACACGUUAUACAACAGUUUUAAAGGUAUCCCAUAUGCCGCUCCUCCGACUGGUGAAUUGAGAUUUAAGGCUCCUCAACCUGCGCUGAACUGGGAAGGUGUCCGAAAUGCUACAGAACAUGGCAGUUUUUGUCCUCAAGUGGAUCAAUUAACAAAUAAGUUUUUACCUGGAAGCGAAGAUUGUCUUUUCUUAAAUGUUUAUACUCCAAAUAUAAAUACAGAUGAUUCUCUUAAACCAGUGAUGGUUUUUAUUCACGGUGGUAGCUAUGCAUUUGGUUCAGGGAAUGAUGAGAAUUACGCAAGUGAUUAUUUAAUUGAUAAAAACGUUGUUGUCGUAACUUUAAAUUAUAGACUUGACUCUCUCGGAUUUUUAUGCUUAGAUACUAAAGAAGUACCGGGAAAUGCAGGUCUUAAAGAUCAAGUAGCUGCGUUGAAAUGGGUACAGAAAAAUAUAGAAAACUUUGGAGGUGAUUCAAACCAAGUUACAAUCUUCGGACAAAGUGCUGGUGCUGUGUCUUGUUUUUUGCACGCACUAUCACCAAUGUCUAAAGGGCUGUUUCAUAGAGUAAUUGCUAUGAGUGGAGUGCCAAUAAGUGAUUUCUCGGUUGAAUUUGAAUCAAAACGUAGAGCAAUGUUACUUGGUAAAAGUCUAGGCAUUGAGACAACAAACACUACGGCUUUCUUAGAAUUGUUACAAGAUUUGCCUGCCAAAAAAUUAAUCGGCACAAACCCUUCUGUCAUAGCAAUUGAAGAAUAUAUCAAUCUCGUGAUGAAAUUAUAUUUUGUCCCUGUCGUGGAAAAAGAUUACGGUCAGGAAAGAUUUUUAAUAGACCAACCUGAUGUUCUACUUAGGAAUGGAAGAAUGCAUGAUGUGGAUGUUUUAUUGGGAUACGCAUCCGCUGAAGGAAUCGUUGGCAUAUUUAUGUAUGAAAAAGCUCCUACAAUUGAAAAUUAUGAGAGAUUUAGAGAAGCCUUAGUGCCAAGGAAUAUCCUUUAUCAAAGCAAACCAACGAUCACUGUAGAAUUAGGAGAUUUAAUUAAAGAACACUACAGUGGAUCAGAGCCUUUGUCUUUGAAAACGAUGCCCCAGUUUGUGAACUUUACGUCGCACAUGUUUACCUAUGGUGUUCUAAGAUUCGCAAAGCAUCUAUCCAAUGCUGCUAUUGAUAACAUAUAUUUGUAUCAGUUUUCUUGUAUGUCAGAACGAAACAUUUUAAGCCAACAAGGUACAAAAUACGGAAUUAAUGGAGUUUCACACAAUGACGAUCUUAUGUAUGUGUUCAAUCCAAUACAAUACAAUUUACCAAUGAAUAAGAGUGCUCCUUCUUAUAAAAUGAUUGAAAAUACCUGCACAUUACUGACCAACUUUGCUAAAUAUGGGAAUCCAACACCUGAUUCGUCACUCGGCGUAGAAUGGCCCAAAUACACUGCAGAAACCGAAACAUUUAUGGAUAUUGGAGAAGAAUUAACAAUCGACACGAAACCAAGAGCUUGUAUGAUGGACUUUUGGCAAAGAAUUUAUGAACGAGCUGAUAUACCUUUUUGA